UAAAUUUUAAAUAUUUUAAAUAUGUCCGUGAAUACUAAAUUUGCCUUAGGGCUUUCGAUAUGCUGGAUUUUAUUUUUCUGCAUUCCUGCUGAAACCCCUUUUGAAAUUGCUGCUUUAGGGCAACAUAAUAUGUAUCGUGAUAAGCACAAUUGUCCCCCACUUCUUCUGGACGAUGCACUAACCCAGGAUUCCAGGGUAUAUGCUGAAGAACUGGCCCAAAAGGAACAGCUGGAACACUCAUCAGGAGAUUAUGGUGAAAAUCUGUGCAUGACUUCAGGGGAUCCACUAAAAUGUGUUCGGAUGUGGUAUGACGAAAUUAAGGAUUACAACUUUGACGAAGGAAAAUUUUCGCUUGAGACCGGGCAUUUUACACAAUUGAUUUGGAUGUCUAGCAAAUGGUUAGGCAUCGGAAAAGCCAAGAGUAAAUCUGGUGCCAUGUAUGUGGUCGGAAGAUAUUCCCCGGCUGGCAAUGUUGAAGGCCAGUUUAUAGAGAAUGUCCCGAAGCUAAAGAACUCUUCAACUUCAUAUAGCAAGUCAUUCAGUUCCAAAUAUUUUAUAUUAUUUUCCUGGACAUUUUCAGCAUUGUUGCUCUGGAUACUGAAAUUUUAAGAAAAUUUAGAGUGGGUUCAAUUUUGAAAUGUGUCUUUAAUUCGUGAGUUAAAUAUUCCCCUAAUCUUAUCUUCCAAUUCAAAUUGAAGAAGAAUAAUA